AGGGCGAAGCGAAACGGAAGCGGGCGCUGACGCGGGACUUCCGUGCCUACGCCUAGACUUUUGAAGACUGAUACAACGUCGACAGCUUCCGGGAAAGAGGAGGGUAAGUCUGUGGUACGUCCCCGUCAUGAAUGCCACCCUGCCUGCCGUCGCAGAAGAACUCUUGAAAGAGAUAGACAGAGCUUUUCGUGAGACAUCCCGUGUCCCAGACGAUCUCCUCUUGGCGCUUAAAUUCGUCUUCGGUGCUUCUGCCGUCCCUGCGCUGGACCUCGUCGAUCGCCGGUCGGUCACACGGAUCACGUCCCCUAGUGGGAGGACGGUGUACCAGGUGGUCGGCAGCUCAGGCAAACUCUACACCUGCUACGCCUCCUGCCACUUUUGUACUUGCCCGGCCUUCGUGUUUUCGGUCCUGCGGAAAGACGACAACUUGGUGUGUAAGCACCUCCUGGCCGUCUACCUAAGCCGGGCCGUCGGGGCCUGCCAGGAACUCACGGUCCCAGACAGGCAGUUGACGCGACUCUUGGUGCCGGAGAUGGAGUGGAGAGGUUGACACCUUUGGGUGAAAGACAGAGAACGGGACGGAAGCGGAACUGAUCUACUGGAGACCCUCCCCUGAGAGGCGGUUACGGCUAGGGCCAAGCUGGGUUUACAUGCAAUUAUUUCCCCCCCUCCUUCCGAGGUGACGUCCUAUCCUCUGCGUGGGGCCGACAGCCAAGUGGCGUCUGGCCAUCCUUUUGUACGCAGCCAGGAGUGUUUUAUAGGAUGCCCGUCGUAGAUUAAACUUUUCUAUGUGUACCUGUGUGCACUCCGGCAUGAAACAGGCAGGCAGGGAACACCCCGUGGGCAUAGCCAAACACUUUGAUCGGCCACGAAGCUCACUGAGAGGACGAUACCUCUCAGCUCAGGGUGCGGAACCUCUGUCAGUCCGAGGGCCGCAUUCGAUUCCAGGGAAAGGUCUCAGGGGCCGCAUCCCAAGGGUGGGCGGAGCCUAAAACCCACGGGGCCAAAAAUGCAAAAGAUAUCGGCUGAUUGUAGCUUAAAGCCCGUCCUGCCAUUAACUAAGAAGAUGCAGUUCAGCUGUUUAGAAACCUUUGGACGACCCCAAAUGAUCAUGGGAAGGAUGGAGGGUUUGAUCGGAUGCCAAGGCCCACGUUUCCCUGUCCACGUCUCCGGAGUUUCAGUCUGAAAUUGCACAGGAACUUCCCACGGAGCUAGGAAGC